AUGCCUGACCAUGACAGCACAGCCCUCUUAAGCCGGCAAACCAAGAGGAGAAGAGUUGACAUUGGAGUGAAAAGGACGGUAGGGACAGCAUCUGCAUUUUUCGCUAAGGCAAGAGCCACGUUUUUUAGUGCCAUGAAUCCCCAAGGUUCCGAGCAGGAUGUUGAGUAUUCAGUGGUGCAGCAUGCAGAUGGGGAGAAGUCAAACGUACUCCGCAAGCUGCUGAAGAGGGCGAACUCGUAUGAAGAUGCCAUGAUGCCUUUUCCAGGAGCAACCAUAAUUUCCCAGCUGUUGAAAAAUAACAUGAACAAAAAUGGUGGCACAGAGCCCAGUUUCCAAGCCAGCGGUCUCUCUAGUACAGGCUCCGAAGUACAUCAGGAGGAUAUAUGCAGCAACUCUUCAAGAGACAGCCCCCCAGAGUGUCUUUCCCCUUUUGGCAGGCCUACUAUGAGCCAGUUUGAUAUGGAUCGCUUAUGCGACGAGCACCUGAGAGCAAAGCGCGCCCGGGUUGAGAAUAUAAUCCGGGGAAUGAGCCAUUCCCCCAGUGUGGCAUUACGGGGCAAUGAAAAUGAAAGAGAGAUGGCCCCGCAGUCCGUGAGUCCCCGCGAAAGUUACCGAGAAAACAAACGCAAGCAGAAGCUGCCCCAGCAGCAGCAGCAGAGUUUCCAGCAGCUGGUUUCAGCCCGCAAAGAACAGAAGCGUGAGGAGCGCCGACAGCUGAAGCAGCAGCUGGAGGACAUGCAGAAACAGCUGCGCCAGCUGCAGGAGAAGUUCUACCAAAUCUAUGACAGCACCGACUCUGAAAAUGAUGAAGAUGGUAACCUGUCUGAAGACAGCAUGCGCUCCGAGAUCCUGGAGGCCCGGGCCCAGGACUCGGUGGGGAGGUCAGACAACGAGAUGUGCGAGCUGGACCCGGGGCAGUUCAUCGACCGAGCCCGGGCUCUGAUCCGGGAGCAGGAAAUGGCCGAAAACAAGCCCAAGCGGGAAGGCAGCCACAAAGAACGAGACCCUGGGCCCAACUCGCUGCAGCCCGAAGGCAAACACUUGGCCGAGACCUUGAAACAGGAACUGAACACUGCCAUGUCGCAAGUGGUGGACACGGUGGUCAAAGUCUUCUCGGCCAAACCUUCCCGCCAGGUUCCUCAGGUCUUCCCACCGCUGCAGAUCCCCCAGGCCAGGUUUGCAGUCAACGGGGAGAACCACAACUUCCACACCGCCAACCAGCGCCUGCAGUGCUUUGGCGAUGUCAUCAUUCCGAAUCCCCUGGACACCUUUGGCAACGUGCAGAUGCCGGGUUCCACAGACCAGACCGAAGCGCUGCCCCUGGUGGUCCGCAAAAACUCCUCGGACCAGUCUGCCCCCGGCCCCCCGGCCGGUGGCCACCACCAGCCCCUGCACCAGUCGCCCCUGUCGGCCACCGCGGGCUUCACCACGUCCACCUUCCGCCACCCCUUCCCCCUCCCCUUGAUGGCCUACCCGUUUCAGAGUCCAAUAGGUGCUCCCACCGGCUCCUUCUCGGGGAAAGACCGAGCCUCUCCUGAAUCCUUAGACUUAACUAGGGAGACCACGAGUCUGAGGACCAAGAUGUCGUCCCACCACCUGAGCCACCACCCCUGUUCACCAGCACACCCACCCAGCACCGCGGAAGGGCUCUCCUUGUCUCUCAUCAAAUCCGAGUGUGGCGAUCUUCAAGACAUGUCUGAGAUCUCACCGUAUUCGGGAACCCCAACCACUGAAGGAUUGUCACCCAAUCACUUGAAAAAAGCAAAGCUCAUGUUCUUUUAUACCCGUUAUCCCAGCUCCAACAUGCUGAAGACCUACUUCUCUGAUGUAAAGUUCAACAGGUGCAUCACCUCUCAGCUCAUCAAGUGGUUUAGCAAUUUCCGUGAGUUUUACUACAUUCAGAUGGAGAAGUACGCACGUCAAGCCAUCAACGAUGGGGUCACCAGUACUGAAGAGCUGUCUAUAACCAGAGACUGUGAGCUGUACAGAGCUCUGAACAUGCACUACAAUAAGGCAAAUGACUUUGAGGUUCCAGAGAGAUUCCUGGAAGUUGCGCAGAUCACAUUACGGGAGUUUUUCAAUGCCAUUAUCGCAGGCAAAGAUGUUGAUCCUUCCUGGAAGAAGGCCAUAUACAAGGUCAUCUGCAAGCUGGAUAGUGAAGUCCCUGAGAUUUUCAAAUCCCCAAACUGCCUACAAGAGCUGCUUCAUGAGUAG